AUGAUGAUGGAUGGAUAUUAUCAGUUACGAAUUCAAAAAAUUUUGGAAUAUAGUAAUUUACCUGGAAAUUUAAAAGGGUUACCAAGACAACAUUGUUCUAUUACUGGAAAAUUUGACGAAUUUAUGAUACCAUUCAUUUCAGAAAUAAAGGAAUUAGAGAAAGGAAAGGUGAUGACUGUUCAAAGACAAGAUGCAUGGAUAAUUGCUGGUUUAAACAUUAUUAUGGCAGAUUUACCUCAAGGUAACGAUAUGACAGGAGUACUAAGACAUAAUGCAAAUAAGGGUUGUCAUACUUACGAAGAAAUAUUAAAAAUUUCUAAUAAGACUAUAAUGUCAAGAAGAGAUCAACUUUGUACAGAAUAUGGUUUACGAUCAUUACCUAGUAUUUUAGAUAAAUUAAAAAGGGAAAGACAUUUACAGACGCCGCAGGAUGUUUAUCAUGCGACUGCAAAAAAAAUUGGGCAUUUACUAAAAUUAACUUGUAAAUUAUUUUCACGAAAAGAAGAAGAUAAUUUUAUCGAUAUUUGGAAAAAUUUUGAAAUCCCAAAAAGGUGGUCUAGCUUAUCAAAUCUGAUUACUCACUACAAUAAUUUUAUGAUUUCAAUUCCAAAAAUUAUUAUAUCUUGUUGGAUAUAUGUUGCAAAAACUAUGAAAGCAGUUUUUAACAAGAAAUUUACAUUAGAUAGCUAUGAGGAAUUGCAACAAUGUCUUGAAGAAGAGUUUUCAAUCAUUACAAAGGUUUUUGUAAAUUUUGUUAAUUUACCAAACAUACAUAUUAAUAUAUAUGCAUCUUUUGAUACAUGCUAAAACCUUUGGAACACUUA